GCAAGAUUAUACGGACAUUUUGUACUUUUGUGCUGCUGCUCGAAGACGAAAGGAAUCGAACUUGCUGUUUCUUUGUGAUUAUAUACGUUGCUGUGUGAAAAUGAAGAUGUUUGCAUGCGUUUUCCUGGUAAGUCUGCGUUUUUCGAGUUUGUUUUAUAAGUGUAGCUCUUUCGUGGAAUGCACUGCAUGUACAUGUGUUUUUCGUAACAGGCUUGCGCUGUGGUCCCGCAGUUCGUUAAAGCGAAGAGCUACCUCAAUGAUCGGUUUUUUUAAGACCGAUUCUUGGAUAUGGACGGCUUACAAGAUGAAAACCAUUUUAUCGGUAUACAACUUGAUUUUAACCAUGUGUUAUUGGCGUACUCGGUACUCUGUAGUCAAAGUAUCUUGCCAAACAUUUAUCAACAAUUAUUUUUUGUUUUUCCCAUAUAUUACUAUGCUAGGGCUUUUGAAAUUAAAAUUUAUGAAUUUUAGAUCCAGUGGGCAAUGGGAACGUUGCAAAAAUGCGGUUUCGACCGGCAAGUUUUAUUCAUUUCGUAUUUGGCCAUAUAAUGACACAAAACAGUUAUCAUUAUCAUUGGACAGCCAAGAGUCUACACAUUUUGUUGCUGUGUAAAAUUGCUAUUAAAACACCAAAGGUGGAAAAAUUAUUUUGAGCGGCAAUUUUUAAUCCUCGUAUUUGGUCAAUUGUGCUUGGAAUGAUACAAGAUAACAAGAAAGGUCUUAUUCAAAAGCUAAAACCCUAAUUUAUAGUAAAUGGAAUCAUUUAAUCUGUGCAUGUAAUAUUGAGGGCACAAAAGCACGCUAAAGUUGGAUUAUCUUUUUUCAUACAUGCAACUUGUAUAUUGUGAUUAGAAUUCACAUGGGCAACGGGCCAGGCCGGUUUGCAGUGCCCGCGUUUGAGCGAGGCGGUAUCUCGCCUUCCCGGGCUCAUAUAUGAACGCCAUGCAGCCCCAGUUAUAGAAAUUGUGUCAAAGCGCAUGCAUGCUUAGUUGUUCCAUCUAGAAAGCUUGUAAAAAUUCAAACUUUGUUCUUUUGUGGUUUGAUUCAAUUGAGGCCGUUGAGCUGCUAGAACUUAUAAUUGGUAGUUAAGAAUGUUAAAAUUUGAUUAUUGAAAAAUAAAAAUUUUUGAAUUGAAAAAUAGAACAAUUGAAAAAUAAAACAUUUUUAUUUUUCAAUAAUCAAAUUUUAACAAAUCAUUCUUAACCACCAAUUAUAAGUUCUAGUAGCUGAACGGCCUCACUUGAAUCAAACCACAUCUGAUUCUUCACUUGCAUUCAAUCCCUUGAGAAUUAGAAGACAGUUAGCGGCCAUGUUGGUGCCAAAUUCAAAAGAAGUUAAUGAGAUUCGUUUGUUGAAAAGGGACCAACCAUGGCCGUCGCCCACAUUGCAAGUCAAUAAUUAGUAUCAUGCUACUAAAGGACAACUUCAUACGUUUGUUCCAUAGAUAUUUUAUAUACACUAGAUAGCGCAUCUCUUUUAGUAAACUUGAAGCCAAAAGUAUUCCAGCGUUUACCCCCAUUUGAAUAGAUGGCGGCCAUGUUGGAGUUUCCCACUCGCUAUAUAUAAUAAACGCUAAAAAAACAACAAUAUCUUUCAUCAUUUCACAUUUGAAUAGUUUGAAAAUGUAUUUGGAAUAGGUUUAACUUAAUGUCAUAAGUUCCCUGUUUAAGAAAUAGGAAACAUACGAGUCUUCUCAUUUCAUGGGAAUAUCCUGAGUCUGCAAUCACGGCUUCAAUUUUUGAAUUGCAGAAUAAUUAGAUGCACUAUCUAGUGUAUAUAAGAUAUCUAUGGUUUGUUCUUUUGUGUUUUCAUGUCAAUUGUAGACCUCGAACAGCCCGUCGUGAAUUGCCCGUCGGGAAAAAAACAUGUGACGAUUCUUGAAUCCGACCCAGGAAAAGCGAGUACCAAGAUCCAUCUCCCUACUCCAUCCUAUUCCGACGACUCGGAGGCACACGGCGGGAAACUAAAUUUCAUCGCAACCCUGGAUGGCAGACGUGUCUCAGUGAAGCAGGAACACGAGUUGAGCAUUUCUGGCUGGAAGGAUCACGAAGUAAAAUACAUGGUAACAGAUGAAUCUGGAAAGACAACGAUGUGUUAUUUCUAUUAUCGUGUACUAGGUAAGAUAUUAAAAUCAUUGCGUUUACCACAGUACCCAGUAACUAACGUACUAAAUACUAUUGAACGUACUAAAAAUAGCAACACUACAGUGUUUUUAUACAGAUCAGUGGCUAAGCUCGCGCGCUCGCGAGUGUAUCUAAAAGUCGAGAGUCGAGAGUAAAGGUCGAGAGUCGAGAGUAAAAGUCGAGAGUCGAGAGUAAAAGUCGAGAGUAAAAAGUCGAGAGUCGAGAGUAAAAAGUCGAGAGUCGAUCGAGAGUAAAAAGUCGAGAGUCUGCAAAUGUCAUCAGAAACAACAAAGCCAAAAUACUUUUACAGUAACACAAUAUAUAAGCGAUCCGCAACAACGGCUGAUUAUAGCCGUACGGGCGAGGGGGGGAGGCAGUCCCGCACCCCAGUCAAAAUAAAUUCGGCCAAAAAUUGGGGGAAAUAAAUUUAAAAAGAAGACAGUAUAUGCAAUAUGGUAUUUGAAAAUACCAGAAAUAUGUAAAAGUAACGAGGAAUCGACAAAUAGGAAAAUAUUUUUGUCUACUAUACUUCCCAACGACAAUUUUGGAAAUUUAGUUACACAAAAAAUUUUAUUCAGUGGGUAAAAGUCGGGUAAAUUUCUUUCUGGCUCCCUGUUUUUCCCCGCCCGUACGCCUAUGACGGCUGAACCUUUCAUUCCCUAUGUAUCGGAACAUAAAGCAAACAAUAUUUGCGAAACAUAAUUUAGUAUGCUCAAAUUCUCGAAAUUAAAGUAAACAAGAGGCAUAUACAUGCAAUCAAAGGAAUAAUCCAGUACAAUAUAAAACAAAAACUUUCGCAAAAAUUUAGCCACAACAUUCAAUAAUCAAAUAACUGUUAUCUAAUAACUAGUUUUAUCGCUUCCUUAUAUAUUACUGUCCAUCCUUCCCGCUUUACAUGGCCUAUUUCCGCGAAAAAUUACUCAUAUGUGAAGCUACAUAUAAAUACUAGGACUUUACAAUCACGUGCGAGAUAUAUUACCACCCGAUAGAGUCGCACAUACGACAAAAGAAUCCUAUUUUUUUGACGAAUUUUCGGAAAUUUUGAUCUAAAAGUGGGCUAAAAACAGUCUUUUCGAGUGCAAAUGGGGGGGGGGGUACGUCGGAAAUUUCAAAGUUUUGUCGGAAAUUUUGGAGGCUUUGCCCCCCCCCCCACCGGAAAAAGUGAAUUUCCGCCACUGAUAAUUGACUGUUGUAGCAAUAUUUAUUGGAAAGUUUGUAUUUCAGCCGUUGGUACUUGUUACGGAAUGGCUAUGUAAAGCUAUAUAUAUAGAUUGUGAUUAAACGUGGUUAAAAAAUAAAAAUAUUUUGACUUUGUUUCUGAUGACAUUUGCCGACUCUCGACUUUUUACUCUCGAUCGACUCUCGACUUUUUACUCUCGAUCGACUCUCGACUUUUUACUCUCGACUCUCGACUUUUUACUCUCGACUCUCGACUUUUUACUCUCGACUCUCGACUUUUACUCUCGACUCUCGACUUUUACUCUCGACUCUCGACUUUUACUCUCGACUCUCGACCUAUACUCUCGACUCUCGACCUAUACUCUCGACUCUCGACCCUCGACUUUUAGAUACACUCCGCGCUCGCUCAUCUUAGUCACUGGUCUAUAUAAAAACACUGUAGUGUUGCUAUUUUCAGUACGUUAUUUGCGCCUGGGUACGAGGCUGCACAGUACCGGUGUCCACUGGCACUGUACAAAUUUGGGCCCCAUUUCAUUUAUCCCCCUCCCCCCAGCAAAGACGUUUUGAAAAUGUCGAAGAGGCGGGAGGUUUAUAUUUUAUAUAAUUUAUAUAUGAAUAAAUAAUUCAUAAUAUUUUCAUUUUUAAGCAACUGUCUUUUUCUAUGUACCUUAAAAGAUACAGCUUCCCAUUAAUCCCACAUCUCUUCUAACGAGUUUUAGAACGUUUUAAACACUAGAUAGUGAGGCUUGUGGGCCCAGUGUGUCCUUUCACACCGAUUUUUGCUGCGAUUUUAGUUGCGAUUUUCUCCUUUUGGAGGAUGCGAAGGAGUAGAUUACUUAAUGAUGUUGUUACGAGAUUUCAUAACCUGGAACAUUUAUAACUCACCCAGUCCUUCACAUCCUCCAAAAGGAGAAAAUGGCACCAAAAAUUGCCCGCGUGUAAACGGGCCUUAAGAACCUCUACUAUGUCACCAAGACCCCAGUAGAUUUGUGGUCGUCACAUAGUCAAUAUGGCCGCCCGGCCAUUGGCUUCAUUUAUGUAUAGCGGAUGGACUAUCCAGUGGUAGAUUUGAGAUAAGUGUGUACCAUACAUCCAUACUUUUCUGUAUUACAACCAGAUAAAGAACCACCAGUGAUCACAGGGUGCCCAACCAACCUCACCAAGACGACAGACCGUGACCGAAUCAGGGUGGGCUGGAUAGAACCCACAUUCACGGACAAUUCCGGGCAAGAUCCUCACGUGAGCUUAAACAGACAUCCCUAUCACCAGUACUACAUUGGAGUUCAUAAAGUCAUAUACAUGUCCACGGACCGAUCUGGAAAUGAGGCUGUUUGUCAGUUCUACAUUAUCGUUAGACGUAAGUGAAUUAUAGUUCUAAGUAGCGAGGCUAUUGCUCAUGCACUCAUGCUUGCCAAUGCUGGGCGGGGUAAUAAUUUUUUAAAAUGGCCAUUCCCAAAUUCAAAGCUUUGCGGGGCAGUAUGACCCCGGACCCCGGUAGAAUGUGCGGGUCUUACGCCCGUAUUCUAAAAGCUCACUCACACUCAAUGAGUGGAGGUUCAAUCUGAGCUUCUCUUGAGUAUCAAUGCUGUUUUUUAAUAAUUUUAAUAUUCAGCUUUUAAAUGUAGCUCAACAGUUUUGGCAAAUAAAUUAUUGUUAUAUCAAGCCACGCUCGUGUGUUUUUCUAUUUUUGCUCGUAGUAACACGGCGAACAAGACCUUCUAUAUAGCUAAGGCCCUCUAUUGUAACUCGUUCUUAUUUCUGAACUGUAUCUUAUUUUCCAGAGAUCUGUAAAGAUACGAACUUCCCGAUGUUCUCGUGCGAUGACGUGCGCGCAGCUGCGAAUCUCACAGCAAAAUGCAAUUCCCCAGCUGCUGUUGGUUUACCAAUCCCUUGGAAACAUUUCUGUCGCAAAACUUGCAACGAUUGCAGUUAAAUUAUCCCAGUCCUUCUGCUUCAUCUUGGCAACACGCAAGGUAUGAUGUUGGCUUAUAGCGGCUGAUUACAUGGGGAGUUCCCAGCCCGGGCUGAAUUUCCACCCGAGCUGAAAUUGUUUCACGAUUAAACGGCAAAUAUCAGCCCGGAAUGAGUUUGGAAAUUCAGUUCAAUUCGAGCCUGGAAUCUCAGCCCAGGCUAAAACGAUCGAGUCUGAAAAGACAGAAAUAAAGGGAUGGAAAGGAUGUCUGGUACACCCCCUCCCCCCGCCUCCCCAUUUGUUACGUCGUGUGGGCCAGGCUUUAUAUGCAUUUGAGUAAACAUCGAAAACACUUUCUUUCUCGUUUGCUUUAUUUACAUCUUUUGGGGUUUUUUUAGGAAUAUGAUUGUGGUUGACUAGAAUUUCAAUUUUCAUUUUUUUUUAAUUUGCACCGAAUACACAUCAUGAUUAUCAUAGCUAUUCAAUAUUUACAUGUCAUAAACAAGUAAUACAGAAACUCAUCAGUAAUUUUGCAC